AUGCCUGCGCCAGGCGACCAAUACAACGGCGGCAACGUCAAGAACCCAUUCGAAGAACGCGUCGUGAACGGCUUCACCGCGACGGAAAUCGCGACAUUACAGAGUAGAUUGAACAAGCAACUCGGGCCGGAAUAUAUUUCGCAAAGACCCGGAAAUGGUGGUGGUAAAGUGGCGUACUUGGAGGGGAACAAGGCGAUAGCACUUGCGAAUGAGGUCUUCGGAUUCAACGGAUGGUCGAGCUCGCUUGGACAAGUGCAGAUUGAUUAUGUUGAUGAGCUUCAGAAUGGCAAGGUCAACUUGGGUCUCUCAAUAGUAGUGAGGAUCACACUCAAAGACGGCACCUAUCACGAGGAUAUUGGCUAUGGUUCAAUUGAGAACGGCAAGGGUAAAGCAGCGUCGUUUGAGAAGGCAAAGAAAGAGGCGGCAACAGAUGGACUGAAACGCUCAUUGCGCACUUUUGGCAAUGUCCUCGGCAACUGCUUAUACGACAAGGAGUAUCUCAAGAAAGUCCAGGCUAUGAAGGUCAAGCCUAUCAAAUUUCAAGAGGACAACCUACACCGCCACGUCGACUUUGCACCGCCACCCAAGCCUGAGCAACAAGCGAUGGUCAAGCCUGAGCCACAGAGAACACCUGUUCGUCCGAACCAAGUCCUCCGAACACGUACAGAGCAGCUCAACAACGAGUCGUUUGGUGCUGACUUUGACGACGAUGCCGAUGAGAACUUGUUCGAUGGAGUAGAUGUUACCGAGGGUCAUGGGGACGAGUUCUCGCUAUCGGAUACUGUAUCUGCUCCUGAUACCACAGGACCACGAGCUAUUGAAGUAGCCAAAUCGAACGGCGUAUCUUCUGCUCGUACAUCGCCCACCCGAAAUACGGUACCUCCUAGACAGCCCAACGUUAGACCUGUGCAAGCGGGUCGCGGCCAGCCUCCAGCGCAAAAGCAGCAACCAAAUCAAGGCCCUGGAAGGCCUCCACCUCCCAUGCAAAACGAAAAACAGCCACAGACACCAGUUCAGCAGCAACCGCGCCCUGUACAGAAUGGUGGACCUCUCCGGCCAACACCUCCUCAAGCACAACAACAACCCAACCAACAGCUCCCAGGACCGCAAGCCCAGAGCACAACAACACCAGCCACAAAUGCACCACCUCCCAACCGACCCCCCGUAGGCUUUGUAACCUCCCGCGCUGCCGAACUCCUCCAAUCCGCCGACGCAAACUCAUUCAGCAGGCUCCCCUCAUUCAACCCGAACGCCGAAUCCCCCAUACCAAAAGAACAACGCACCCCCGGCGUCGACCACGCCAGCAGCAGACCCAUCAAACGCGACGCCGUCAACGCCCCUCCUCCACCCCAACCUCCGCCCCAACGUCCCGGUGUAUCAACAACGGGCUCUUUCAACCGCCCAAACAUAGUGAACCCGCACCUCGACGCCAACCGCCGCAUCGGCGCCCCCAGUUAUGCCAUGAGUCCUAGUGCGAAUCGUGGAGCGUACAAACCGCCUACGUUUGCCAAUGCCAAUGCCAAUGCCAAUGCCAAUGCCAAUGCCAAUGCCAACGCAAACACAAACGCGACAAAUGGUGCGGGUGUCAAACGAGAGAGGGCAGCGUUGCAGGACGUCAGCAAUGUGAAUUUUGGGGCGAAUGCGGCGGCUGAAGGCCCAGACCCGAAGAAACCGAGGGUUGAGGCGAAUGCGCCUAAUGGGACUGAGAAUGCGGCUGUCGUUAAUCCAUGA